AUGGAUGAGGAGGAGGAGGGAGAGGCGACGACGUCGUCGAGCGGGACGGGACGCGGAGGCGGCGCGGCGCGAUGGUUGAUGAACGCGGAGACGAGCGGGGCGUACGGGGAAGCGGCGUCGCGAGGAAGGACGGGGGGGAGAGGAAGGGGUGGGGGCGCGCGGGGGAGGGGCGCGGCGCGAUCGAAGUCGGCGGACUCGAAGAAGCGGACGCGAGGGGACAAACCUACGAACGUGCGACAGCGCGAGCGGAGCGACAUGUACGUGAAGAAUAAUCAAAUCAUCGCCAAGUUUGACGACGUCGAGGACGUGUUAGAUUUCGCGAGCGAGAAUUUGGAAAUCAUGAACGUGGUGAACUUGGCGACGGCGGCGCAUCGGGUGGGGAAAUUGAACUCGACGCGGACGAGGAACGAAGCCGGAGCGCCGGCGACGGCGACGAGGCAUCCCGCGGUGGUGGAAGACGCGCGAUUUCGCGCGUUGUUUGAGAAAUUGCGCGAGUAUCUCGUCGCUUCGCAAAACGGAUCGCCGCUCGGGAAGGGGUUGGGGCGGUUCAACGCUCGCGAACUGUCCGCGAUUUUGUGGGGCUCCGCGCACUGCGGCAUCACGACGUCGGACGACGACCCAACCGUCGCUCUCGUGGUGAGGCGAAUCGCAAACUUGGACGACGACGACCCACCGGCGCAGAACGUGAGCAACGUAUUGUGGGCGUACGCGACGAUGCACACGUCGAAGAAGAUAGACGUGGAGCUGGUGCAAAAGUGCGAAUAUUGGUGCGACCUCAUCAUGGACGACUUCGCCCCGCAAGGGAUUAGCAACUCUUUGUGGGCGUUCGCCACGCUGGGGUACACGCUUAAACCGGAGACCAUCGCCAAGUUUUCGCAGGCGAUCAGGCGACAGCUGAAAGAUUUUAAAUCCAUGGAGUUCUCAAACGUCGUUUGGGCGCUGGCGACGAUGAAGACGCAUUUAGACCCACUAGAAGUCUUCGACGAACUCUUGGACGAGAUGCACGCGAGCAUCAAGGCGGUUCCAAACAUGUGGAGCUCACAGAGCGUGAGUAAUACUUUAUGGGCGAUCGCCACGCUCGACGGAGAACCGCACAAAUUAAGAGCUCGCCACGGCGAUUACUUGAACACGCUGUGCAUGUACGUAGAGCGUAAGGCAAACGCGUUUGUUUGUCAAGGUUUGGCGAACACGCUGUGGGCGCUGGCGACGCUCGAGUACACGCCUUCGAUGAAGAUGCUCGAAGCCGCCACGGCGCGUUGGUCCGCGUUAGCGACGGACGUGUACAUCAGUGAGUGUAGCAAUUUGCUUUGGUCGUACGCCAGCCUGCGGUUCAACCCAGGAAAUGAAGUGCUCACGCAAGUCGCAGAGUUGUACCUUCGCGUCGGGCAGCACGACGAAGUGGCGUUGACGCAAGUCUCGAACACCUUGUGGGCGUGGGCAAAUUUCGGUUGGCUUCCCGAGGAUCCAAGCAUCGUGGAGUGCGUCCUUCAAGUGGCGAUCAAACACUUCAAGAGCGAUCCAGAUUUGCAAACGCAGAGCUUGGCGAACAUCUUGUGGUCGUUGGCGACGCUGAGGUUCGUUCCCGGGGAUGAAUUUCUCCAAGCCUUUAGAGAGCGCGCGCUCAUAGAAUUGCGCGAGGACGAAAGAUUCUCCGAUCAAGGGUUGUGCAACACGGUUUGGGCGUACGGUCAGCUCGGAGUGAAUCCAGGGACGGAGUUAAUGAGUGAAAUCGCGAGUCAGCUGGGCGCUCGCGUGACGAAUUUCCCCACCCAAGGCGUGACGAAUUCGAUUUUAGCCUUUGCCACGCUCGGGUUUUGGCCGGAUGAAUGGGUCGUAGACAACUACAGGGCGAAGAUCGUGGAAAUGUACUACUCCACCACGAUUUCGGACAUCGACUUGACGCAGUUUUUCCAAGCGAAUUACUUGUUUGAAAAGUGUUCGCCCUACGGACCGCUCGUCACCGACCCGCAGAUGAUUGAGGACAUGUUAUCGGCGUGGAAGCGCGGAUCGAGCAAGGUUGUCAUCAGUCAGUUUCAUCGCGAGGUGAGCGAUACGCUGACGAACAUGGGCGUGCCACACGAAAUUGAAUACAUCACCGAAGACGGUUUGUUCUCCCUCGACAUCGCACUCAAGGGUAAAAAGCUCGCCAUCGAGGUGGACGGUCCGUCGCACUUUGCGAGAAACAUCCAAAACCGCCGCAUGUCGGGGAAGCGACCCGACGGCACGGGGACGUAUAACAUUCGUUAUCACUACCUCGACACCAACGGUUGGACCACGGUAUUCAUACCGUGGUACGAUUGGAAACAGGUGUGCGACGAGGAGUCCGCGACGAGAACCACCGGCAGACGCGCCGCGUUUUUAGCCAAGACGCUCUACGACGACGCCGGUCUCACGCUCAUGGACGUCGCCUCGGACGAAGACAUGUCCGACUCCGGCAUGUCUGGUUUUCACAUCCGCGCACUCGCCGACGACGACGUCUCCGUCGCCCAAGACGGCUCGCGUCUCGUCAUUCAAGGCGCCGAAAGCCAGCGACACCCCGACGGCACGUUCAAGCCCGAGAUGAAAUCCGUCGGCGCCUCCGUCCCCAAACCUCCCGCCCCCGUUCGACGCACCGGAUACGGCAUGCUCGAACCAUCACCGUCAACACCGUCAACACCGUCAACACCGUCAACACCGUCCCCGCCCCCCCCCGUCGUCGCGCGCGUCGCCGGCGCUCGCGUCGCCGCGCGUCCGCCGUCUCGCGCGUCUCCGCGCGCGCGCGCGCCCGCCGACGCCGCCGACGCCCCCCCCGACGACGACGACCCAUCUCCGGCGCGUCGAUCGCGUAAAUCUCUCGCCACUCAACGCGGCGCGGGCAUUCGUCGUCGUCGUCCGCGCGCACCGCCGAGCGUCGAGUCCGAUUAAACCGCGCGCGCGGCCGC